AUGUAUGGAGAUCAAGCAAAUAAACUCAUAGUGGAUGCAAAGAGGGCACAGAAUUUGGAUAAAAUUCCACUUUAUCAGCAGAACACAGUGCGAUCAGUGGUAAAUGAGACACGUGACCUACAGAGGGAGGCAGAUAUAUUGACCCAAGAGGCCCAACGUGAUUCUUUGAGUGGAUCGCAGAACAGUUUCUUACCUAGUGGAACUGACAAAGUUAAGCAAUGCCAGCUUUUUGUGACACAUUUAUGCAUGAGAAGGAACAAACGCUGCUUAUUAGCAUAUCAGAGGCAACGGGCACAGCAAAUUGAUAAUCUGGUGUGGGCAAAUGUGGAAAUAGAGCGAGGAGUAAUGGAAAAUUUAUCACAACACGAACAGGAGUAUCUCAAUCGAUAUAAUGAACUUGUGAGUGAAUUUAAGGGUUCCUUGAGCGAUGUCGACCUGGGUGGGUCAUUGGAACCUCCAAAAGGUGUUUUUAUAGAUGUCAGGGUCCUCAAGGAUGCCGGAGAAAUACAAACUGAGUACGGAGUGUUUAAUUUAACGAAAGACUCGCAAUUUUUUGUCAGACAGGCGGAUGUGGAACGUUUGAUCCAGCAGGGAUAUUUAAAAAAGCUUUGA